AUGUUCCAGAGAACUUUCAUCAGACAAGCUCAGGCUUCUCGGUCUUUGCUUUCCGCCCGCCCUGCCUCGACUGCCCCAUUGGCCCUCCGUCGCACCUCGCAGCUGCAGCCUCAGUUCUCCCGUCCGCUCGCCCGCCUCCCUGCCUACCGUUUCUACUCGACGGAGAACAAGACUGAGAACGGGGAAAAUAAAGAGAAUGGACCAGCCGAAGCCGAGGACCCCGUCCGGAAGGAAUUGGAGGAGAAGAAGAAAGAGGUUGUUGAUUUAAAGGAUAAAUACGUCCGUUCCGUUGCAGACUUCCUCAACCUCCAGGAACGCACCAAGCGUGAGAUGGAAAAUGCUCGCAACUUUGCUAUCCAACGAUUCGCAGUCGAUCUCCUCGAAAGUAUCGACAACUUCGACCGUGCCCUCCUCGCUGUUCCCGCCAACAAGCUAGGAGCUGCCAAGACCGAGGAAAACAAGGAUCUGCUGGACCUUGUUGAUGGGUUGAAGAUGACCCAGCAUAUCAUGAUGAACACACUGCAGAAGCAUGGUCUGGAGAGAUUCGACCCUAGCGAGCCUACUGAGGAUGGCAAGCCCCAGAAGUUCGACCCCAACCGCCACGAGGCUACUUUCAUGACCAAGGCCGAGGGCAAGGAAGAUGGGGAGAUUAUGUAUACUCAGAGCAAGGGCUUCGUUCUGAAUGGCCGUGUAUUGCGGGCUGCUAAGGUUGGAGUUGUGAAGAACAACUAA